AGUUUGCUGCUGAAGGAUAGGUCAUAAUCUAGGCACGUAUGAUUGGGACUUUUCCUAUAUAAAGAGGCGGAUUAGCUCAGGAUAGAACAGUUCGAUUCUGGACCUCAAUCCUAGCAAGAAGCAGAUAAAAAUUUCUCCAUCCACAAUGAAAUUCAUCGUUGUUGCCCUGGCCCUGGUUGUCCUGGUUGCUGCCCAGGAUGAUAAGUAUACCACCAAAUACGACAGCAUCGACGUGGAUGAGAUCGUGAAUUCGGACCGUCUCUUCAACAACUACUUCAAGUGUCUGAUGGACGAGGGCGCCUGCACUCCCGAAGGCAACGAAUUGAAGCGAGUACUGCCUGAUGCCCUGGAAAACAAUUGCGCCAAGUGUAGCGAAAAGCAGAAGGAAACCACCACCAAGGUUAUCAAGAAUCUGACCGAGAACCGACCGGAACAGUGGAAGGCUCUGAAGGCGAAAUACGAUCCGGAUAACAAGUACAGUUCCAAGUACUCCGAGGAGGCCGAUAAGGAUGGCAUCAAGCUGUAAAACCGUUUACCCGCAGUCCACACGAACGUUGCUCUGGUCGAAGCGGUAUCUCAUUUUUCCGCUUACAAGUUUCUGCUACAAAGCUAUCUAUUUAACGACAAUGUGACUUAGGCUUGUUUCUGAAGAUGGGGAAAUUAAAUCGUUACAACCAUUUGCAUUUUA